AUGUCUGUGGUAGUCAACGACAUCUUAGACGAUAGAGAUACUCGCAUACGGUACUCACCUGGCUGGGUUGCUGGUGGCGCAACAAACGAAUACAAUGGCACUACUACCUACUGCUCCAAAGAGGGCGCAGAAUUCUCGUUCAAAUUCUUUGGUACAUCUAUGAAGGUAUUCGGUACAUUGGGACCAGCGGGCCACCAAGGGCAUUCCAAUAUUACGAAUGUCGUCGCACACUACGUCCUGGACGGCGGAAAGCCCGAGCCCCCCGAGCCCCCCAAGCCUGACAAGCUUACUUCGGGGCCUCGAUACCAGCAGUUAUUUUACUCUAGCCCAUUUCUUUCACUUACAGACCACACUCUCGUCGGUAUCUGCGGAAGUAAAGAUUCCGGGCAGGUGUUCCUCGACUAUUUUGUGGUCGAGACACCCAUCGAUCUCCCCCAAAACUACAGACCACGUCCUACACAGACCAGUACAACAUCUGUACAAGCCUCAGAGACUGUGGCCCCUGGUGGUGCAACAUCUUAUUCACCGCCAUCAAAUCCCCCUACUGCAUUGAUUGUCGGCAGUGUCGCUGGAGGAUUUGCCCUCAUCUUCAUCAUCGGGGUAUUCUACCUGUGGCUCCGUCGACACAGCAGCCCUUCAAAGGGCGCUAUUUCCUACAGUAAACGCCUACCUUACCUACCGUAUCUUCCUGGUCCCAAAUCCAUGAGUCCUCGCUCUAAGGAGCCAGCCACCCCGUUAAGCAGCAUUCCAUUAGCAUAUGACGGGCGACGCAAGUCAAUUAUGUCGCAGUACGCAACAUCACCGACCUUAGUGCAGCGAUCCGCAUCUCCUGGGAGCGGUUGUUCAGGAUGCGGGGGGCAUUUGUCUCACCAAGGAUACUAA